AUGUCGGCCGGGCUGGCGGCGGCGCUGCUGUGCUGGCUGAGUGGCUGCGGCUCGGCCUUGUGGAGAUACUCCACUCACAGCCCAGACUAUCGCAUUUUUAGUACCAGAAGUGCUAUUAUAAUACAGUAUGAAGGAACAGCAUUUUCUGAGUGGAGUGUGCCAGCAACUUGCACUAUCCAAAAUAAAAGCUCACCCACAACAGAAUUGCGUUGUUUCAUUCCUGGUACUCAGGUUAUAAAACCAAUAGUUACAGGCCCGGAAGAAGAAGAAGCACGAUACUUGCUUGUGGAACAUUCUCAUAUCUGCUUUCUGUGGUAUUACACAGUGACAAAUAAUCUGGAGAAUUUGACCCAGACGCUCACGAUCUGGGUGUAUGAUCCUGAACACUCAAACGCCGACGAGCUUCAGUGGAGUGCAGACACCCCGUCAGAGAAAUCCAUCGUAUUAACCAAGGUACUGUCAGCCUUGGGACAGCAACCUACAAUACAUACACUUUUGAAGAGAAGAGUUUACUCCCCAGCUGACAUCCAGAACGAGGGGACCUGGACAGUCGAGAUACCCAUGACCUCCGAUGAUGUGCUGAAGGAGAUCAAGGGGAACCGGGUGGAUUUUCAAGAUUGCUUCAUCGCGAACCUUCCUUUCCUGCUCAUGGCCCCUCUGCGGACCAUCCCGGAGGAUCCUGGCUUUUUACCACUCACCUCGCCCGCUGGGACGCCGCUGAUGACCGUCUGGAGCACGUGUCGGUUUUCGUUGGUUGUGGUGGUCGCCAGCAUGGAGACCUUUCAAACCAAUGAUUCUUUUCAUACUUGGACCAGAGUCAGAGUGCCGCCGGGCGUUCUGAGUGACGUCGAAAGGCACAGCGUGACUGACGUCAUCCUGCUGACCCAGGAAAUCGUUUUCCUGAUAAAGGGCUCUCUCUACCUGAGGACCUUGCAGGAAUUCACGAGGCUUCAGAGCAACGAAGGCCUUCCUCGGGAUGGAAUCCGUGGCAUUGAAACAAGGACAUGGUGUGCAAGCAUGUAUGUGUUUAAGGUGAGUGGAAGAUUCUGCCAUAGUGUCAUAUUGGCCUGGACAGAACACGAAAUUUACCUCGGAUACUCUUCAUUCAAGUUUGUCAAAUUAAUAACCACAGCAGAACUGAAAAGUAUUCUUGGUCUUCCGUCUCAUGACACUCUGACCAUACAACACCUGGGGUACACCCUGCACCCCGCAGAGUUCGCUGUGUUAGUCCAGCACUGUGUCUCCUGCACUGCCGGCACAAAGGUUUACCUCAUGACCUAUAACGAACAUUCCGCCCGGUGGGCUUCCCAGGACUUCGCCCUGGAGAUUCCCGUGGACACCGUACUCAGAUCGCGUUUCCUGUACUCAGCCAUGCCAGAUCUGGUGAUGUGGGACAGAAACAAAGUGUACUAUUGUUACCAAAACUUCACCGUGACCGGAAUUAUGCAAGCAACUACUGGAGAGGAGGACCUGUCACUGCUAGCCGGUGGCAGCAAUAUUUAUGAUGUUUUUGUAGAUUAUUUUGGAAAUAUUAUAGUACUCAUGGAAAAUAACGUCAUGUUUUACUCCAAGAUUAAUGUGAGAGAUGCAAUAAAACUACACGCGUGGACAAGUGAGGGGGUGGAAUCCUCCUUUGCGCUGAGCGCGUCGUCGAAGGUGUACCUGGUGACCGUGUCGGAGGACGGCACGGUGCGACCACAGGAGUACCCCUUAAAGCUGGAGGUGCAGAGCGUGACCUCGAGAACGGAGGACCAGUGCCCGUACAUGGCAUUUCAUAAUAACAUCUUUCAACUGUUUUACUUCUUGGACAAAGGAGAAGGCUUCACUGUUUGGUCUCAGAUCAUUUAUCCGGAAAACGCUGGUGUCGAUAUUGUUGUGGAAUCCUAUGGCCCCAAAAUCUUAAAAAUGCAGAAAGUAACGCACUAUGAAAUCGCUCAGGGCUACUGCACGAAGACCAUAACCAUUACCUUUUCUCAAGAUACAAAUUAUGAGUCGAUACAGGAUUACUUCAAAGUGCAAGAGAAGAACUCGGGCCUGGUGCUCGUUCAGCUCCGAGCUAGUGAAUACUCGAAGACAUGCCCAGUCGCCCAAAAGGUGUUCCAGAUAGCGGUGGGCUGCGACUCUCAUAAGUACAUUGCGGUUGGCGGGUUUAGUAAAACCGAAUGCCAACACCGUGAUUUUUCUUACAUUAUUGACAAGUCCUAUCUGCGACAGCAACCACCUAAAGACUUGAAGGUCAGGUAUGACUGGGGGAAAUUUGGCUGUCCAUUGAGACUUGAUUUCAGAGAAAAGUUUCAACCUUUGAUUCAACUGUUUGAUGAAAAUGGCUACGUGAAGGACGUUGAUGUAAACUUCAUCGUGUGGGAGGUUCAUGGCCGGGACGACUAUAGUUUUAAUACCACCAUGCUCCAGAGCGGAUGUCUAAACGAAGCGCAAACGUGGGAGCUGAUGGUGGCGCGGAACCCACACCUGCCGCUGGAGGAGGUGUGGGGACCCGAGAACUAUAGGCCCUGCUUUUCGUAUGCUAUUGGAACACCAGGAGACUUGAAUCAGCCCUAUGAGAUCAUCAACAUUUCUAAUUAUAACCAUUUAUAUUGGCCCAAUGACCACACAGGAAUGUAUGUGUUUCGUGUGAAGAUCUUGGAUCCGAACUAUAGUUUCUGUAACCUGUCGGCCAUAUUUGCUGUGGAGACCUACGGAGUGAUCCCCAGGCCCAACAUCUACCUGGUGGUUUCCUUACUCUUCGUCCUGGUACUCGUGUUCUUGUCCAUCCUGGUCUUCAGCUACUUUUACUACCUGGGGAUUUACAGACAGUUCAUCUACGAACCGCUUCACAAGCCAGUGGGUAAACAAAAGAAAAGUUAGGGGUAGCAAAAGUUUGUUCUGGAAAAGUGAAUAUAAUGUGUGUGUGAGUAUGUGUAGCUAUGUUGAGUGUGUUUGACUAAGAAAUACUUGAAUCAAAUUCAAGAUCUG